AUGAGAAUAGGAGGUUGGCGACGGUUCGCUGUUCCUCUCACCUACUGUGAUGAAAAUGGCAUCCGCAAAAAGUUCGAUCUCGGCCCGGACAUGACCAAUGUUCAUCAAGCUUUGAACAUCCUUGCCAGGUUCUAUGGAUUGCACUGGUUGCUGAGUGAACAUCGGAAGGAGGAUGGUGGUCUGCCCCCAACUGAAGAUGUUGAAAGAUAG